AUGGUGGACUACUCUCGCUUCGACCACAUCGGUUCAGACUCGGACGAUGAUGGCGCUGCAGUGGUCGGUUCGUCCAAGCCGACAGCAAUGAGACCAGACGCGGCUGCACAGCAGGAGGCCAUUGGAGCAAGUAGCAGCAGCUCGUUGCCGUCUGGAUCAACCGCGGCAGGCGGGGGCGGGAGAAAUAGCAGCGGCAGCGGGGGAGGGCCUGGAGGAGGGGGAGGAGGAAGCAGGGCUUCUGUUCCUCAGCCCAAGAUGAUGACAGCGUCGAAGAAGGGGAAAGAAGGCCGCAUUAAGUUCGAGCACGAAGGCAGGACCGUGUACGAGUGGGAACAGUCCCUGGAAGAGGUGAACCUGUACAUAGAGACCCCGCCAGGAGUGAAGGCGGAUCGGAUCGAGUGCAAGAUUACUCCGAGACACAUCUGCUUGGGAUUGAAGGGGAACCCCCCGUUCAUUGACGAAGACACAGGCGGGCCUGUGGUGGUGGAAGAGAGCUACUGGAUGAUGGACGGAGGGGAGCUGAACGUGAACCUGCAGAAGAUGAAGAAGGCGGACACGUGGCCGGCCGCGCUGCAGGGCAGGAAUACGCAGGUGGACCCCAUGACCCUCGAGGGCAUGCAGAAGAAGAUCAUGCUCGAGAGGUUUCAGAGUGAGAACCCUGGAUUCGACUUCUCUGGGGCGGAGUUUAACGGCCAGGUGCCCGAUGCCCGAUCUUUCAUGGGAGGAGUCAAGUACACAUGACGCCGGCUUGUUGCCAGGCAUAUGCAUACCUCAUCGGAGAUCUGUGUUAACUGAGAUCGAUGGGUCACUAGAGAACGCUACCGGAGUGGUGUUGAAAGGGGAAGGCAGAGCAGUAGCAGAAAGUUAGUCAUCUACGACCGUACACUUGAUGAGGUGCUGUGUUGGUGGUGGUGCGAUGCACAACAUAGCAUAGCAUAACCGGGUGCGGAGUGAAAAGGAAAGGAACCCUUGUUUCUUGUUGUGCACCGGCAGCAGCAAAGCCUUCUAGAACGACCAUGGCCCUUUUGGCUUCGUUUGUGCGUGAUGGGUGUGAGGUCCGAGCUGAUGGGAGCUGAUAACCUAGUCACAAGUGUCAAACCCUUUGUUGCGCCAUUGGCAUGGUGCGUUCUUCUG